AUGCAAGGAGGAGGACCCCUAAAACAACAGCAGCAGCAGCAGCAGCAGCAGCAGCAGCAGCAGCAAAUUAUCUCUACUGGGGCUGCCAAGACAGGGGGGUGUCUGCGGUCUGAGGAUCUCCUCAGGCGGUGUCCUGCUGCUCCACGAGGGGCCCCAACAGCAGCACCACCCCCGCUUAGCAGCAGCAGCAGCUGCAGCAGCAGCGCUGCAGCAGUAGAUCCGUGUGUUUGCUUGAAGCAACACACUCUCAGAACCACAUCCCGCAGCCACAGCGGCAGCAGCAGCAGCAACAACAACAACAACAACAGCAGCAGCAGCAGCAGCAGCAGCAGCAAGAUGGCGGCUCUACAGGGGGAUGUAAGUGAGACGCAGAACAGCUGGGCCGAGCUGCUGUCUCGAGUUGGGGCCCCCGAGGAGGGGCCCCCCCCUUUGCUGCAGCGCAUUCGUGCUGCAGCACUUUCAUCUCGUGCAGCAGCACUAGGGUUUGGUGGCAGCAAUGAAUCGGCUCUGCAGCUGGGGCCUGGAGCAGCAUCAGGUGCUGCUGCUGCUGCAGCAGCAGGCAGCAGCAGCAGCAGCAGCAGCUAUGGUAGCGACUUGUUGGAGUCGCUGCUUCCUGCUGCAGCACCUGCUUCUACGUGUGGGGCCCGAGACAGCUUGUCUGUCUCUCUUGCACGAUAUACAAGAGAGUAUAGGAGGCUUAAAGCGCAGGGGUUGCUUUCAGAUGGCGUCUCCUUACUAGAAAGCCCUGCUGCUGCUGCAGAGGCUAGCGGCGGUGGGGGUGCUGCUGCUGCUGGAGACUCUGCUGCAGCAGCACAGAAGCAGCAGCAGCAACAGCAGCAGCAAGAUACAUUCGUGGGGCUCGAAGGCAGCACCAGCAGCGUUGAUGUUGCUUCCUUUCGGCGUCUGCGGUGUCUCUACAGCAACGCAGCAGCAGCAGCUCUAAGGUGCGCAGCAGCAGCACAGCAGCAGCUGCUUGCUGCUGUCGAUAUGGAGAGAGACCUUAGCUGCUGGGCAUCAACAAAAGCAGCACUGAUGCAGCAGCUUGCGCUGCCUGCAGCAGCAGCAGACAGUCUGCUGCAGCAUGCAGCAGGGGGGCCCCCCUGCUCUCUUGGGGUGUCUGACGAGGUUGCUGCUGAGGAGACACUAAGGCCUAGUCGUCUUCUAACAAACCCCGAGCAGCAGCUGCUAUAUUUGCUGCCAGCAUUGAAGCAGCUGCAGCAACAGGAAGAUGGGCGUGGUUUGGCUUUGCUGCUGCAACAGCUGCCUGCAGCAGCAGCAGCUGCUGCUGCUGCUGCUGCGUUGGAGCAAGAGGAACCCACAACAGCAGCUGCUGCUGCUGCAGCAGCAGCAGAAGCCGUUGUUUGCGUACAGCCUUCAGCUUUAGACAGCUGGGGUGUAUGGACAGCGGAGCAGCAGCAGCACUGCAGCAACUGGCUGCGGCUGCUGCUGGGGGCGCUGCGGUGUAUCGAGAGGUGGAGACAGGCAGCAGCAGAAGAGACAAGGCCCUCGCUGCUGCGUCUAUUGAUUUGUAAUUCUGUUGCUGCUCUGGAGGAGGACCGACGUGCUGCUGCAGGGGCCCCGGAUCUGCUGCUGCAGGCAGCCACAGCAGCAGCAGCAGCAGCAGCAGCAGGAACGCGAGGCGCGGACGAGCAGCUCUGCUGCAGCACCGACUUGGUGCUGCCCUGGCUGCAGCUAGCAGCAGCAGAGGAGACAGUUGGGGUGCCUCUAAAGGGACAGUCCAGCAGCUUGUGGUGGUCUGCUGUAUACUUAGCCUUCCGCAGCGGAGACAUCUUGUGUCUCCUUUCCCUGGGUGCGGGUUCGGCGUUGUCUCCUGGCUGGUGCAGCUUUUCAGCUGCAGCAGCAGCAGCAAUUGCUGCUGCUGCUGCAGAUCCGUCUGCUGCAGUGCAGCAGCAGCAACAGCAGCAGCAGCAGCAGCAACCUGUGUGCGUGAGAGAGUACGGCGAGUAUCCCUCGCUGCUGCCGUUCGUUUGUAGACAGCUGCUGCUGCUGCUGCUGGAGACCUCACUUGAAGCAGUUAAGCGCAAUGCAACAGACAAAGAGGGACAGGCUGCAGCAGACGCGCUGCAUGCAUUUGCUGCUGCAAUUCCCAGUGCUGCUUCUCUGUCUCCUGAAGCCACAACAGCGAGGGGUUGGAGCGACUGCUUCGUGCUGCACCCCCCUCCGCAGCAGCAGCAGCAGCAGCAGCAACAGCAAAAGGAUGCUGGCGAGAAGACCGACCCGCAUCUGCUGCUGCUGCUGUCGCUGCUGCGCCCUGACCUGUGGCCCCCCCUAAAGCUCUCCGAGACUCUGCAGGGUUUACAUGGAGAGAUUAAGGUGCAGGUGCCCCUUGAGGUGUCUCCUCGCGCUGCAGCAGAUGUCUCUUGCAGCAGCUUAGAGGCUGAGGCGCUGUCUCCUUUUCUGCUUUUGCUGCUGCUGCUGCUGCUGUUGCUGCAGCAAGUCACGCAGGAGGACUUCCUUCACUACCGACUGAUGCUGCUGUUGGCUCAAGAUCGGCAGCAGCAGCAACAGCAGCAGCAGCAGCAAAGUGAGAGUUUGCUGCUCCGAGGCCUCCGAGCGCUCGUGGGCAAGGUGAAGCUUCAGGGCCCCCUUUUCUUUGACCCGCAGCAGCAGCAGCAGCAACAGCAGCAGCAGAUCGACUUCAGCACAGGAGCAGCAGCAGCAGGGGGCCCUGGCGCUCGUUCCCUGCAGCAUCUGCAGCAGCAGCAGCAGCAGCAGGGCUGGGGUGAUCCGCAGCAGCGUCUUGCUGCUGCGCUGCACGUAAACUUUACCUAUGCUUGGCUGCUUACUCUCUGUGGAGGCAUCAUUGAUGCGCUCUUGUGGCUGCUGCAAACCUAUCCCUUUCUUAGGCGCGUUGCAAUGCUGCUGCUGCUGCUUUGUUAUAAGUGCGGCUGCUUGGAGGCUGCUGCGCUGCUGCACCUAUCAGCAGAGGCGCUGAGUGCAGCAGCAGAAUCGGCAUGUGGGGCAGCAGGGACAGCAGCGGGAGGCUUUGCUGCAGCUGGCCUGGGAGCAGCAGCAGCAGCAGCAGCAGCAGCAGCAACAACAGCAGCAGGGACAGGGUGCCCGUGGAAUGAAGAGGCGUGGGCCCUACACUGGCAGGGAAGGGGGGCCCCCUGUGAGUUGUCUCUUGUAGGGUAUUGGCUGAACGACUUAGCUGCUGCAAUUAACAGCACUUUGUGGUGUACAGACACGUCUUCUACUCAAGUAGCAACCCGUCUCCUCUUUGCUGCUGUCUCCUCCGCAACUCCUCAACAAGAGCUACAGCCCAACAUGCGCGCGCAGCUUAAAGCUGUUAUAUUAGCAGCAAUAGACAGAGGCCUCCUGGGGACAAGCCCCUUUCCUAAGCUCUUCUCUUUAAGCCUUCUACCUCUCUUCCUUACUGUCCCCUUACUACCUGCUGUGAUUAGAGAGUCGUUCGGGGCCCUUACAAAGCCAGGGGUGCUGCUAGCAGAAGGAGACAGCGAUUUGUCUCCUGGGGUGUUGGAGGCGCUGCUGCUGCGAGAGCCUGACGUCCCGCAGCAACUCCACAGGGUGCAGCAGCAGAGAUUUGCAGCAGCAGACCUUUACAGCAGCAGCAGCAGCAGCAGCAGCAGUUCGCGAAUGCUUCUCAAGUAUAAGCUGGAGGACGAGCUCUGGGGCUCCUAUUUUGUGCUGCUAAGCUCCGACAGCAGCAGCAGCAGCAGCAGCAAAAGGCAUUCGACGUCUCCGUGGGCAGCAUUUGAUUGCGAGUCUGCAGCAGACAGCAGCAACAGCAGCAGCAGCAGCAGCAACAACAACGAGGAGCUGCAGCAGCGGAGGCAGCUGCUGGAGGAGCAUCCCUUCUUAUUUUUGUUUUAUUGUGCUCUAAGACACGAAGCAAAAAGACGAGGAGACCUUCGCACUGCUGUUGCUGCUUCAUGGCUACUGACAGACGAACGCAGCGCUGCGGGUGGGUUCAAUUCCCAGCACUAA